UUGGGUUAACAGUCGAUAUCUGGUCGUCGACGAAAGAAUUUCAAGCUGAAACUACAAAAAAUAGUGUGGGACGUGUUAUAAGGCCAACGAAUCGGAGCUUUAUCGAGAUUGGAACGAUUGGCAUGCAUGCAGUCUGUUGACUGAUGUUAAAGUAUCUUCGAGCGAUGGGAUAGCAGCUGAUGCUUCUAGAUUUUAAAAGUUGACGUGCUCAGACUGGUUAGGAUAAGAUGAUCGACCCGUCAUCAUCUGAAGAGGAUAGCGAGGAGGAACAUUUAACCCAUCAUCCGAGUGGUCAUCAUCAUGGAUCGCAUCAUCAUCACCCCGCGGAGUCUUCACCAUAUCACCAUCAUAGCCAAUCGGAAUCGGGCAGCGGAAACUUAGAAGUCCCCAAUAACCCUGCGACAUUGUCGAGAUCGCUAUCACCUUCAAGUGCUGUAUCCGUAGAAACGUUGAAUCAUAGCGUAGGUUCAUCGCGGGCGAACUCACUUCCAAGACCGACCAGUCCUUCACCAUCAGUGGCCUCAGAGAAGACGGAGGUUGACCUGCAGGAAAAGCAGGAACGCGAAGAAGAGGAAAGGAAGAGGCGCCUGCAACUUUACGUCUUCAUUUCAAGAUGCAUCGCGUACCCAUUCAAUGCGAAACAGCCGACGGACCUCACCAGGAGGCAGACGAAGAUUACCAAACACCAACUCGAAACGAUCACCGCAAGAUUUCAAAGUUUCUUGAAAGGAGAAACGCAGAUAAUGGCGGAUGAGGCCUUUCAAAAUGCCGUUCAAAGUUAUUACGACGUUUUUCUGAAGUCUGAAAGGGUAGUGAAAAUGGUGCAGUCUGGUGCCUGUUCGCAAUAUGAUUUUCGCGAAGUGUUCAGGAAUAACAUCGAAAAACGCGUCAGAUCAUUGCCAGAAAUGGAAGGUCUAAGCAAAGAAACUGUGUUCACGUCGUGGAUGGCUAAGUUUGAUUGUAUUUUGAAAGGAUUGGGAGACGAAGAUAAACGGCCAUCCAGGAACCAGCAACAAUCGUUGAACGCGGAACUGAUUUUGUCAAAAGAACAGCUCUAUGAUAUGUUCCAGCAGAUUUUGGGAGUGAAGAAAUUUGAACACCAAUUGCUAUUUAAUGCACUGAUGUUGGAUUCGGCGGAUGAACAAGCGGCAGCGAUCCGGCGCGAACUCGACGGCAGGAUGCAGAGAGUGAACGAUAUGGAGAAGAACCGACGCCUCAUGCCGCGAUUCGUCCUUAAAGAGAUGGAAUCUUUGUAUAUAGAAGAGUUAAAGUCCUCGAUAAAUCUACUUAUGGCCAAUUUAGAAGCGCUACCCGUAUCGAAAGGAUCGAUGGACUCAAAAUACAGCUUGCAAAAACUAAAGCGCUAUAACCACAGGUUGCACAACCAUAAUAAACCCUAUACUGUGAAGCACCUUUUGAUGAACUAUGUUACUUCUUUUAGAUCCCAGGGAUCUUUAGCAAAAUUAGAAGGAGAUUCCGCUGAUAGCGAUACGCAACUAACUAAACUUGACGUUGUGCUCACCUUUCAGCUCGAGGUCGUUGUAAUGGAGGUGAAAGGCUUAAAAUCUUUAGCCCCAAAUCGCAUAGUUUACUGCACCAUGGAAGUGGAAAAUGGCGAGAAGCUUCAAACCGAUCAAGCAGAAGCUUCAAAACCCAUGUGGGAUACUCAGGGCGACUUUUGCACCACGCAUCCAUUACCAUUUGUCAAAGUUAAACUUUACACCGAAAACCCCGGAAUGUUGGCUUUAGAAGAUAAGGAACUAGGAAAGGUUGUACUAAAACCAACUCCUCUAUCUUCUAAGGCACCCGAAUGGCAUAAAAUGACCGUUGCUAAAAACUUACCAGAUCAAGAUUUGAAAAUAAAAAUCGCCUGUAGAAUGGAUAAACCGUUAAACAUGAAACAUUGUGGGUACCUUUAUGCGUUGGGAAAAUCCGUUUGGAAAAAAUGGAAAAAAAGAUACUUCGUUCUCGUCCAAGUCUCACAAUACACGUUCGCUAUGUGCAGCUACAAAGAAAAGAAGUCAGAACCAUCGGAAAUGAUGCAGUUGGAUGGUUACACCGUUGAUUACAUAGAAGCAGCUAGUGCAAACUUAAUGGUCGGAAUGGGUAAGCAUUUGGAGGGUGGUCGAUUCUUUUUCAAUGCAGUUAGAGAAGGUGAUAGUGUCUUGUAUGCCAGCGACGAUGAAGGUGAAUGUCAGUUAUGGGUAACCGCGAUGUACAGGGCAACUGGUCAAUCGCAUAAACCAACACCACCCAUAACUCUUCAAGAUAAAAAUUCAACUAUAUCCAAAAUACAAGAUGCUGAUAGAGCGAGAAAACAUGGUAUGGAAGAUUUUAUAUCAGCGGAUCCUUGCACGUUUGAUCAUGCAUCUUUAUUCAAACUUUUGCAAAAUCUUACUUUGGAGUAUCGAUUAAACGAUCCUUAUUCUUCAUUGGGGUGGUUCAGUCCUGGACAAGUAUUCGUUUUAGAUGAAUAUUGUGCUAGAUACGGUGUAAGAGGAUGCUAUAGACACCUUUGUUACCUUUCGGAUUUGCUGGAUAGAGCCGAAAAAAAUGUGAUGAUAGAUCCAACAUUAAUACAUUACAGUUUUGCAUUUUGCGCGAGCCACGUUCAUGGUAACAGUAAUGACUUCAGACCAGAUGGCGUAGGAAGCGUUACUUCCGAAGAAAAGGAAAAAUUCAGGGAUAUCAAGGAACGAUUAAGAGUUCUUCUUGAACACCAAAUAACUGAUUUUAGGUAUUGUUUUCCAUUUGGUCGUCCAGAAGGUGCAUUAAAAGCAACUCUUUCUCUAUUAGAAAGAGUUCUUAUGAAAGAUAUCGUAACGCCAGUACCACCAGAAGAAGUAAGAGCAAUGAUCAAGAGGAGUUUGGAAAAAGCUGCCUUGGUGAAUUACACGAGGUUAUCGGCGGAAGCAAAAAUUGAAGAAGAUUUGAGAAGUGAAACGAUAGUUGCGCCUAAUAAAAAAUUGGAUAAUCUCAUCCAUCUUGCAGAGUUGUGCGUUGAUUUGCUUCAACAAAACGAAGAACAUUACGCGGAGCAGCUGCGAAAGGCUGAUCGGCCACUGGCUAUACAACAGUCAAGUUCGAACACGGGCACUCCAGUCCGAGAGGCCAAGCAGCAAAGUUCUGUGUAUCGCUAUUGCAUGCCACAGCAUGCCACUUACACUCCACCAGACCUGACGGCCUUCGCCUGGUUCAGCGAUUUAUUAGUAGAACACGCUGAAAUAUUUUGGUCGUUAUUCGCUGAAGAUAUGGAUAGAAUUUUAGCGGAGCAAUCGCCGGAUACCUGGGAUUCGUUUCCGUUAUUCCAAAUCUUGAACGAUUAUUUAAGAGCUGAUGACAACUUGAAAAAUGGCCGAUUCCAUCAACACCUGAGAGAUACCUUCGCACCUCUAGUAGUGAGAUACGUCGACUUGAUGGAGUCAUCGAUCGCGCAGAGUAUCCACAAAGGAUUCGAAAAGGAAAGGUGGGAAGUGAAAGGCAAUGGAUGUGCGACUUCGGAGGAUCUUUUCUGGAAAUUGGACGCUUUGCAGUCUUUUAUAAGAGAUCUUCAUUGGCCAGAUGCUGAGUUCCGUCAACAUCUCGAACAAAGAUUGAAGUUAAUGGCUUGCGAUAUGAUUGAGUCUUGCAUUCAAAGAACUGAGAGUGCUUUCCAACAAUGGCUAAAGAAAACCGUCACCUUCAUAUCAACGGAUUAUGUUAUUCCAUCGGAAAUGUGCGCAAUGGUUAAUGUUAUCUUAGAUGCUAAAAAUCAAUCUUUCAAGCUUUGCGCAGUUGAUGGUAUUGAUGUCCAUCAAUACCACACAAAAAUCGAUGACCAAAUCGAUAAAACUUUAGCGAGCAUGAACCAGGGAAUGAUAAGCAAAUUAAUGUCCGUCUUAGAGGCCUCUCUUUCAAAACUAUCCAGAUACGACGAAGGAAGCUUAAUCGGUUCUAUUUUGAGUUUCACAAACGUUUCCGGUUCGGGUAAAGACAUGGGUCAAGGUUACGUCAACUUUACCAGGAACUGCAUGGACCAAAUCCGCGGAAAGGUCACCGACGAACUUUGGAUACUCAACUUCUUCGAGCAGUGGUACACUGCUCAAAUCAAUAUGCUGUGCAACUGGCUCUCAGAGCGACUCGAUCACACCUUACAUCCUUACCAAUGCACGUGCCUUGCCCAUAUAGUCAAAAAGGUCUACUCGGACUUCGAACUGCAGGGCGUCAUGGAAGAUAAAUUAAAUUCAAAAGCUUAUCAAACAAUCGCCCAAAGAAUGCAAACUGAAGAAGCCACCUGUGCUCUUACAAUGGGUCAAGCUGAAGGAGAUGCUUUGGAUGAUGAUGGUGAUGCAAGGAGUAGAUCAAAAGGAAAUAUUAUGGAAAGUUUAAGUGAAGAUGGUAAUUACGUAGCAAAUAUUGGUACGAUGGUGGCUGGGAAAGUUGGUAAUAUCUUCGGAAAAGGAAUCGGAGGAUUAACGACGAAAUUUGGGAGCGGCCCAAGCUGGUUCUAAACUCUUGCGAUAGGAGAAGCUUUAUAUUUUCUAAUAUACACGUAACAAAAAAAAACAUCGCUAAGUUGCCGGAUAGUUGCAGAUACUUCUUCGGGGGCGUAACUAAAUAAAAAAUGAAAUGCUUAUAUUUUCUGACAUACAAACGGAUACCGAAAGAUAAGAUAUAACUAUAAGACAUUAUUUAUGAAAUGAAAUAAGUUCGAAGCAAUUUUUUUUCGUGAUGGAAUUUUAUGCGUAUGUGUGUCUUUAGAAUCCGUUCUAUUUAUAUUUCAUUAAAAUCACCAGAUUCUUUUAAUUAAAAAAAUACAUUUAUGCCUAUACGAUUAUUGUAGUAAAUACAUCGGAAUUGAACGAUAAAAAGUCGGAGCGUGAAUACGGUUCCUAUUUAUAAAAACAAACCGAAAUAAUUGAAAAUAAUAAAUAAAAAGCAUAUCAGGUGAUUCGCGUUUAAAUCGUUACCAUAGCACAUAGCAAUAAUAUGUCAUAUACAAAUAAGCUCCAAUGAAAAAGAAAUAAAUAACUAAAAUAAAGCUACCAAGGAGUAUUCACAAGAAAUAAAUAAACGUCUAGACUAGGUGUGAUAACCAAUGGCCUUCAUCGGUAACUACACAUUUAUCUAAUUAUCUAAUAAAUAAUUUAUUUUAUCAAAUCGUCGUCCGAUGUACUUACUAUUCUAACACAAUACGAACAAUAAAAGAUUUUUGUUUAUGGUAGAGACGUUUGCUUUAUUACCAAAUAUAUAUUAUAUUUAUUUAAUUAAAAAAAUAUUAUUUAAAUUUAGCAAACUCUCUACUGUAAAUUAAAUCUACAUCAUCGAGGAUUUAUAUUAUCUCUGAGUUUUUCGGAUAAUCUUAAUUUAAAAUUAAAAAAAAAUCAUAAAACCUCGAUGAUCUAUAUAUAUAAAAAUCGAUUGAGUCCUCCUUUUCAGAAAUCGCAAAAUAAAUUAGAAAAAGAAUGCAUGUAUGUUACAUAUUGAUGUAUUUAUUAUCAAAAAUAAAAUAGUAAUCACCAUAUCAUAACGGAGCCUAUGUUAAUACGAAUGUUAUAUUUAUAGUGCUAUAAAUUAUCUAAAAAAAAUGAACAGAAUUGUAUAGGAUGCUAUGUUGAUUUCUGAAAACGGAGAAAAGGAUAUAUAUGUAUAUGUGUUCUCAAAAUAAAGCUAAUAAAAUACAAAACACCGCAAAAGGAAACAAUAACAAAUUAUGAUGAAACUUAAAAAAACAAAACAAGAAGUAAAACAUAACGUAAAAAUGUUCCGUUAUAAGUUGAGUAUGAAUUACUUGAAUCACAAGCGAUUAUUGUAUGAGAUUCCUGGAUAUUGUUUAUCUCGGCUAUUGUAGUAUUGUAUGAUAUAAAAAAAUGGCAAACAACGAUAACUUGAUAUUGAUAAUAAUAGUUAAUGUAUUUGCUGCAUGCUCUAACGAAAAAUCUUCUUAAAUGCGUUAAAAAAAUCCUUAAACAAUAAAAAAUUAGAAAUCAGCGAAGUUACAUUUCUGAUAUAAGUACAAAUUACGAUGACGUUCAUUAUGUGCUAGCAUAGAUUAAAAAAUCGGUAAUGAAAAAAAAAUUGAAAUUGAAAAAGUAUUGGUCGAAUCGAAUUUUUGAUCCUAAUCAAUUGAUUUGUUAAAUGUGUAAAUAUAGUUUUCGAUAAACUAGCAACUAGAAAGGAGAUGAAAUAAAAAAAAUAAGAUAAAAUUCAACAAGGUUCUACCUAUUUAGCCUAUUUAUAUAAAAAUGUUAAAAAAAUUUGAAAGUUUAAAAACAGAAAAUAUUUCUAAUAAUACAAUUGCAAAUAAGUCCUAAUAACUAAGUUGUCACUUUCAGACCUUAUUGACUUGUUCGCUAAAUAUACCAAAUAAAUAUUUUAGAUAACUUUUUAAUAUAGCAGAGAUUAAUCAAUAUCUAGUCAACUCAAACGUUUAAUACAUCUAACUUUAAAUAAUUCAUUCAGUUCUUUUACGCCGAAUUUAACAUUAAAAGGAAAUAAAACACUUACAAUUAAAUAAAAAUAAUUAAAUUAAAGAAACGGUUUAUAUAUGGCAGAACUUACCGUUUAUAGCGAAGAGGCCUGUGAUUAUUCAAGCAAAUUCUAUAUACUAUUUAGCCUCUAAAAACACCUAACAGAGGUCGGAUAAUAUUGUUAUGUUGAACUCUUAACUUAUACUUAUCGAAAAAUAAAUUGUUUUAAAAUGUA